AAGAGCUUUCUAGAAAGGAAGUGAAGGGAGCAGCAGGGGACACAUCGAAAGAAAGGGUCUGGCUGAGGGCCUCUGGUGCACAAAGGGCACCACAGAGUCCCCCCAUGUCACUCCGUCAUGGAGGGGCACCAGGCGGCUCCAGUCAGCCACGGGCGAUGCGGUGUGAGUGUCCUGGGGAGGGCAGAGGCCCGCGACCGCAGGUUAAGGUGGUGGCCUCUGCGUGGCCAGCAGUCCCUGCCCAGGGCGGAGUCUCCGGGGAGGGCGGGAACCACACGGUCCCCAGGAGGCCCGGAGGGAUCCGGCCAAGUGUGCGGCUGCCUUUUGGCGCUAUGGGGACCGUCGCCCCGGGGUCCGGGUCGCCGCUGUGGCCCGGGCUCGGGCUCCUGCUCCAGCUCGCGGCGCUGCUGGGGACGCUCGGGCCACAGGCCCAGACCCUGAAGCCAGAGAGCCUCCUGCUCGUGUCCACCUUGGAUGGAAGUCUCCACGCGCUGAGCAAGCAGACAGGGGACCUGAAGUGGACGCUGAAGAAUGAUCCCAUCAUCCAAGGACCAAUGUAUGUCACAGAAACAGCUUUUCUCUCCGACCCUGCUGACGGCAGCCUGUACAUCCUGGGGACCCAGAGACAACAGGGAUUAAUGAAACUGCCGUUCACCAUCCCAGAGCUGGUCCAUGCCUCGCCCUGCCGCAGCUCCGACGGGGUCUUCUACACAGGACGGAAGCAGGACGCCUGGUUCAUAGUGAAUCCUGAGUCAGGGGAGACUCAGAUGACACUGACCACAGACAGUCUCUCUACCCCCCACCUCUACAUCGGCCGAACACAGUACACGGUUACCAUGCAUGACCCAAGGGCCCCAGCCCUGCGCUGGAACACCACCUACUGCCGCUACUCAGCAGCCCCCAUGGAUGGAUCACCUGGGAAAUACAUGAGCUACCUCACAUCCUGUGGCAUGGGCCUGCUGCUGACUGUGGACCCAGGAAGUGGGACGGUGCUGUGGACCCAGGACUUGGGUGUGCCUGUGAUGGGCAUCUACACCUGGCAUCAGGAUGGCCUGCACCAGCUGCCCCACCUCACCUUGGCUCGGGACACCCUGCAUUUCCUCGCCAUCCGCUGGGGCCACAUCCGGCUGCCUGCUUCAGGCCCCCAACAUACGGCCACACACUUCUCUGUCUUGGACACCCAGCUUCAGAUGACACUGUACGUAGGAAAAGAAGAAGCUGGCUUUUAUGUCUCCAAAGCCUUGGUCCACACAGGAGUGGCCCUGGUGCCUCGUGGACUGACCCUGGCCCCCAUGGAUGGCCCGACCACAGAUGAGGUGACGCUCCAAGUCUCGGGGGAGCGGGAGGGCUCACCCAGCACUGCUGUCAGAUACCCCUCAGGCAGUGUGGCCCUCCCGAGCCAAUGGCUGCUCAUUGGACACCAUGAGCCACCCCCAGUCCUGCACACCACCAUGCUGAGGGUGCAUCCCACCUCAGGGAGUGGGACUGCUGCCACAAGACCCCCGGAGAGUACCCACACUUCAACUGUCUUCUCAGAGCUCCUGAGCCCGAGUCGAGAGGAACCUUGGGACGCAGAGCUACAUCCUGAAGAGAAAACUCCAGACUCUUAUCCAGGGCUGGGAUCCCAAGACCUGCUGGCAGCGAGUCUCACAGGUGUCCUCCUGGGAGGCUGGAUUCUUUUCCUGAUGAGACAGCAGCAGUUGGCAGAGAAGCAGCAGAAGACUCCCCCAGCACCUGAAGGCCCUGCCAUCUCACAGGACGCUCAGGCCCAGCUCCCAGGGGCCACCCCGCAAUGCCAGAAGAGUCUUCAAAGUCCCUCCGAGCAAGCCCAUCCACCCUGCGAUCCUGAAGCCGAGCAGCUCACUGUAGUGGGAAAGAUUUCCUUCAACCCCAAAGACGUGCUGGGACGCGGGGCAGGUGGGACAUUCGUUUUCCGGGGACAGUUUGAGGGUCGGGCGGUGGCUGUCAAACGGCUACUCCGAGAGUGCUUCAGUCUGGUUCGGCGGGAGGUCCAGCUGCUGCAGGAGUCCGACAGGCACCCCAAUGUGCUCCGCUACUUCUGCACGGAGCGGAGCCCCCAGUUCCACUACCUUGCCCUGGAACUCUGCCAGGCCUCCUUGCAGGAGUAUGUAGAGAACCCUGACCUUGGCCACUGGGGCCUGGAGCCCACAAUGGUACUCCAGCAGCUGACAUCUGGCCUGGCGCACCUGCACUCCCUACACAUAGUGCACCGUGACCUGAAGCCGGGCAACAUUCUCCUCACCGGGCCUGACGGCCAGGGUCAAGGCAGGGUGGUCCUCUCGGAUUUCGGCCUCUGCAAGAAGCUGCCUGCCGGCCGCUGCAGCUUCAGCCUCCGCUCGGGCAUCCCUGGCACCGAAGGCUGGAUGGCACCCGAGCUCCUACAACUCCUGCCCCCAAACAGCCCUACCACUGCUGUGGACAUCUUCUCUACAGGCUGUGUGUUCUAUUAUGUGCUUUCUGGUGGCAGCCACCCCUUUGGGGACAGUCUUUACCGCCAGGCCAACAUCCUUGCAGGAGCUACCUGUCUGACUCACCUGGAAGAAGAGGCCCACGACAAGGUGGUGGCCCGGGACCUGGUGGAAGCCAUGUUGAGCCCUGUGCCGCAGGCCCGCCCUUCCGCUCCACAGGUGCUGGCCCACCCCCUCUUCUGGAGCAGAGCCAAGCAGCUCCAGUUUUUCCAGGACGCCAGUGACUGGCUGGAGAAGGAGUCUGGGCAAGGGCCCCUGGUGACGGCGCUGGAGGCGGGCGGCUACAAGGUGGUCCGGCACAACUGGCACAAGCACAUCUCCGUGCCACUGCAGACAGGCAAGGCACACACCUGGGGUGGCCAAGGGGAGCCCAUGCGGGGCAACUCCAGAGCCCGUUUCUCUGCCUACAGAUCUGAGAAGGUUCCGGUCAUAUAAGGGGACAUCGGUGCGCGACCUGCUGCGGGCCAUGAGGAACAAGAAGCACCACUACAGGGAGCUGCCGGCCGAGGUGCAGCAAGCCCUGGGCCAGGUCCCCGACAGCUUUGUGCAGUACUUCACCCAGCGAUUCCCGCGGCUGCUCCUCCACACCCACCGCACCAUGAGGAGCUGCGCAUCGGAGAGCUUCUUCCUGCCCUACUACCCGCCAGCCGCGGAGGCCAGGGAGCCAUGCCAGGAGCCACGGGGAGCUGAGCCAGCAGAGGGCGCAGAGACAGCCUCCACCCCAGCAGGCAAGGGAGUUGGGCCUGCAGCCGAGGCGGAGGCCGAGGCCCAUCUCAGUCCCUGAGGAAACCAGGGAGGCCUGGCAGCCUGGGUCUGCUGGAGCACACCUUCCCUGAGCCCGGGCC